CUCAAAAAGCUAUAUUAGAAAUGUUUGAAACGCGCAAACCACUUAGAACGCGUCAAAACAACGAGGAAGUUUUCGUUUCUCCUAUCUUCUGCUUCCUUUAUUUCUCAAUAUCUGCGGCUCUCGCUUGCUAUCGACGUUCCUCUGAAUUUCUCUGCUUUUUCUCUCUGGUAUGGCUUCAGUACUUGUGGCUUGUCAAAGAGAGACGGCCGAAACCACAGAAUUCAUGAUCUAGGGUUUUUAAUUUGAUUGUUGCUUUGAAUCAAUUGUUUUUUUUUGUUCUUUGUUAAUUGCUGGUAUUUGUUGAAUAUUCCAGCUGCUUAUAUUUUCUGUGUUUCCUGAAUCUAAUUUGUGAUAUCUUGUUGAUAAAUUGCUGAUAUCUAGGGGUUUUAUUCGGAUUGAUCAUUAAAAAAAAAAAGGUGGGAAAGCAUUAAAAAAAAAUUAAAAAUAUAUUUUCGGUUGAGUGCUUUAUACAAUUGAUCUUGAAUUUUUAUUGAGAAGAAAUUGUGGUUCUUAUCAAUAUGGCGGCAGGGCGUGUCGAUGUUUCGAGAAGAAGGGGUUGUGAUGGUUACUCCAAUAACUAUUUUGAUCGCUAUAGGAACGGUGCUCAUGGCGUGGAGUUCAAUCGUGGUGUUGAGCAUGGUGUGGUAUAUAAGAAUGGGUACCAUAUUUCCUCAAAUGCGAGGAAAUUUCGUAUUCAAAGAAGUGGACUUAGUUGCAGAGAUGAAGGGAGAGAGUUGGGUGAGUUGCAAAGUGGAAUUGGCCUUGAUCAUUCCUCAGGGUUGGAGGACGGUGAGAUACCAAAGUCUGAUGAUGGGAUUCAGAUGCCACCAGAGAAGAAAAGGAAAUUCUCCCCUAUUAUAUGGGAAAUAGAAGACAAAGUAGCAACCAAAAAUAGAGUUCUCCCAACAAGUCCUGCCUUAUCUAAUGUUACAUCUCCACAGCGAGCUUACUGUCAGGGACCAAACAUUGUUCUAGAUGCAGGUGUUGCAAAGCAUGCUUUCACAGUAAAUCAGCUCCUGGGGUUGGACUGUGUGUCAGAUAAGGCUUGCGUGAUAGGAGGAUUGGUAGAUACUACUGGAUCUGAGCCUAAGUCUCCAGCAAUUUUGUUUCCUAAAAUUCCUGAAGAGAAGCAUAAGGAUGGUAGCCAAGAACAAUUUGAAGGGGAGGGGGAAGAGUUUACUGAGGCGCGGAACAUAUCCAUGUCACGAUGGGCAUCUGACAGUGAUUCUCCAAAGGAUGAAAGUUUGUCUGAUGAUGAAGGCGGACCUGGAGAAAAUAUAUGCAGAAAGGAACCCAGUGCUGAGAGAAUGAAGUUUCAUAGGGAGGCUUUGGAGGGAGAUGGAUUGAGAUCAUCUGGAUCUAGUGAAAGAGAUUGCAGUUCAAGGGGAGAUGUUAAUUUUGGAAGCAAGUUGAAAAAUGUUGAUCUCUUGGAUGCUGAUGGGAUCCAGGACGAAAAUGGUAGUUUUAACCAGUUUGAUCAUGGUUUAGGUUAUGUUGAAGAGUCUGUUGCCUCUACCCAAAGAGGUGUGAAUAUGCUCCAGGGUUGUAGAAGUGUGUAUGAGUAUGAGAAACUUCAUGAAAUUAAUGAAGGUACAUAUGGUAAAGUGUACAAAGCAAUUGAUAAGAAGACUGGGAAACCUGUGGCUUUGAAGAAAGUGAAGAUGGAUGUAGGAGGAGAUAGGAACUUGGAAGAAUAUGGCUUUCCUUUAUCCUCUUUGAGGGAAAUUAACAUUCUUUUGUCUUUUCAUCACCUGUCAAUUGUGAACGUUAAAGAAGUUGUCGUGGAUAGCCAUGACAAUGUUUUCAUGGUGAUGGAAUACAUGGAACAUGACCUCAAGGGGCUUAUGCAGACGAUGAAACAACCCUUUAGUACAAGUGAAAUCAAAUGCUUAAUGCUACAGUUGUUGGAAGGUGUCAAGUAUCUUCACGAUAACUGGGUGCUUCAUAGGGAUUUGAAGACAUCAAACCUUCUUUUGAACAAUCAAGGGGAAUUAAAAAUAUGCGAUUUUGGAAUGUCACGCCAGUAUGGGAGCCCAUUGAAGCCAUAUACAUCUCUUGUGGUUACUUUGUGGUACAGGGCACCCGAGCUUCUGCUGGGGGCAAAGCAAUAUUCAACAGCAAUGGACAUGUGGUCUGUGGGUUGCAUAAUGGCUGAACUGUUGGCCAAGGAACCACUAUUCAGAGGGAAAGGCGAAAUUGAUCAGCUUGGCAAGAUUUUCAGAAUUCUUGGCACACCAAGUGAGACAAUUUGGCCUGGAUUUUCCAAAUUGCCAGGGGCUAAAGCAAAUUUUGUUCGGCAGCCGUAUAAUCUGUUGCGCAACAAGUUUCCUGCCUCAUCUUUCACGGGAUCUCCAGUUCUCUCUGAUUUGGGAUUUGACUUGUUGAACAAGCUUCUAACGUAUGAUCCAGAAAAGCGAAUAACAGCUGAUGCUGCCCUCAACCAUGCUUGGUUUCAUGAGGUUCCUUUACCUAAAUCUAAAGAAUUCAUGCCUACUUUCCCCCCUCAGCAUGCAAAGAAAAGAUAGAAGCCAGACCGCUAGAAGCAUCCUACUAUCUGAGUGAAUGUGUAGACUCUCUGUUAGCUUAUCUUGGGGUGUUUGAAAAGCUCAGAAUUUUCCUGGAGGAGAAUGAGGAAAGUGUCAGGUGUUAUCAGAGACUGGUGGAUUGUAUAUUUUUAAAGAACUAAUGCUUCAAAUCUUCUUGCAGAUGCAUGUCUGUAAUGAUUUUUUAGUCUUCUUUAACUGAAGAUCUUGGCUGUUGACCUUUCCCCUUUUGACAUUCAUCUUUGUGUUCAGGAUUGUGUUUUUCAAAAGAAAGAGAUUGACUCACACAGUCCCAUGGGAGACAUAUCUUUCUUUGUAAUGAUCCUGUAGCCUCCUAGAACUGUAAGGUCUUGGGUGUUGACAGAACUCUUUUGACAUCUACUUUCAGUUCUUCCCAAAGUUGGCUUGAGUUCUAGUUGUAAAUGGUUCGACUUAACUCAUUUUAAUGCUUAAUUUUCUUUUUUGGGGAUUAUCAAACUGCUGUUUCACUAUUUUUUCUUCCAAUAAUUUUUUGUUUGCAAGAGAUACUGUUGUGAGACAACGGAGGAACAUCAAUGAUGCUUUUUCAGUCCAAAGGUCAGAAAGAUUUGCACCUUUGAGGUACACAGUACGUGUUUAAUGCUAACCAAGUAUCUGGUUUUGCUUUGGAGUGCUGUGUGUGAAGUAAAUCUUUGUGUUUUCCAACAUUCCAUGGAUAUUAUCUUGGUGGUAUCUCAUUAACAUUUAAAAAAAAAAAAAGGAGAAAGUAGCAAUGCUUCAUUUAUUGUUGAUUUGAAUAUUUUUUCACGCUAGUCUGAUGAACUUUUAUCAGUAGCUCACAAUUUGUGAGCUUGCUGUUUGGAAGCAGUUGUAAUGAUUUUACCAUUCAAACAAAAUAUACAUAGUUGUGCAUUCCCAGUGUUGAUUUUGUAUCAUUGGCUUUAUUAUAUAUUUAUUUAUUUAUUUUGGUGUUGGGGAUUUGUGUGGUUUGCUCAUCUCUUCAAAUGGUGUAUAGCUUUGAGAAAGGGUUGAGUGUUUCUGUACUCUGUACAUUGUGUGUGUAAGCGUGGUUUUUAUUCUAUUCUGCUUGCAUAAUCAUUUCAUUCAAUAUGAUUUUUAAUUUUACCAUCAACUUGUGAAUGAAAUAUGGGCCCACCUAUGCACCUAACAAUGAUUAUGAGAGUAUGUCACAUUAUCAGCUGGCAAAAAAUAUGUAGUCUUAGGCUGUCACAUUUAUUCUUUUGCUUGCUCUUGUUGGUCUGGUGCAUGGGUUGGCCCAUACACCAGGCGUAUGAUGGAAUUUUGACGAAGGUACUCAGGUCUACGGCCGCAUUGUAGAAUCAGUUGAUCAGCUGGUAUGUAGCUUUUUAGGGUUCCUUGUAAUGGAAAAUGUUGGUAUCCCUUAUAUUUAAAUUUUCGCAUUAUCAUGUUUUAAGUAGGGGUGUAAACUAACUGGCUAACCCCCAACUGCUUAUUCAGUAUCAGUUGUGUUCUCUCUUUCUGGGAAGAAGAACAACAAUCAUGCUUGAAAUGUCCAUUAAUUCACUUUCUGAAUUUUUAUCUCACGUAUUUAUCAGUUCAUUGGGGUGCAUACUUGCAGCUCUGCUUUGUCGAAGUUGAUUAUACUAAGGGACUAGAUUGAAGCCGUGUCAUUGAGACAGCAUGUUACUAAUGCUAAGGAGAUGGCAAGUUGGGAAUAUCCAAUUUGAUUGAUGGGAUCAAUUUUCAUUUAUCUUGCCAUUUUUAUUUGUUUACCAAACUAAGAAAUUUGAUACUAGACAAUUUAAUUACUUUUCUUUGUUACAAACGGAAACAGAAAUGCAAUGGUCAUUAGUUAUAGUUUUAUUCUUUUC